GCGAACCUCGCGCGGCUCUCGCUCCUUUCGAACGCGUUUCGCGCGACUUUCCCUUCUCUUCUUCUCGCGACAGACGCAAAUGGCGAAGGACGAGAGCGAUGAUCUAUUGCCUGACAAAAAUGCUGCCAAGGGCUUUUAUGCAAAGUACGAGCCCAAAGAGAUCCUCGGCAAAGGCAUUUCCUCGACGGUAAGAAGAUGCAUAGAGAAGGAAACCGGUAUAGAGUAUGCGGCAAAAAUUAUAGAUAUAAGCUGCGAAUCUCAUGACGGCGUUGAUUCUCAUACUAUGAAAGAUGCUACCAUGCAGGAAGUGCAAAUACUUCGUAGGGUGGCUGGCCAUCCGUACAUAAUCGAGCUACACGAUGUUUUUGAAUCUAGCACGUUUAUCUUUUUGAUAUUCGAGCUGUGUAAAAAUGGAGAGCUUUUUGAUUAUUUAACUAAUGUUGUAACGCUCUCUGAAAAAAAAACUCGCUACAUUAUGAGACAAGUUUUUGAAGGAGUUCAGCAUAUUCGUAAUCAAGGAAUUGUACAUAGGGACUUGAAACCAGAAAAUAUUUUACUCGACGAUAAUCUUAAUGUAAAAAUCACGGAUUUUGGCUUUGCGAAAAUUUUGAAAGCGGACGAGAAGCUUUUUGACCUUUGUGGUACGCCUGGUUACUUAGCGCCCGAAGUUUUAAAGUGCAAUAUGUUUGAAAAUACAAGUGGUUAUAGCUACGAAGUCGAUGUGUGGGCUUGCGGAGUAAUUAUGUUCACUUUGCUAGUUGGCUGCCCUCCUUUUUGGCACCGUAAACAAAUGUUAAUGCUACGGAACAUAAUGGAGGGAAAAUAUUCGUUUACAUCUCCAGAAUGGGCAGAUAUAACGGAUGCUCCAAAAGAUUUAAUUAGCAAAUUAUUAGUUAUCGAUCCAGCGAAAAGAAUUUCUAUUAAAGAGGCUUUAGACCACUCAUUUUUUCAUACAGUGCUGUGGGAUCAAGAUAUCGCUCCUUUAAAGCGUUCACUCUCUACUAAUUCACGUCGACUCAGUCGGAUAUCUCAAUUAGCUUUGGAGCUGAAGGCAAAAUCGUUUAACGCUAGAAAGAGUUUUCAACUUGCUAUCCUGUGCGUAAGAGCAGUAAUUCGAAUUAAAAGACUGCAUUCUACUCCCGAACCACUAUCAAUAAAUGUAGCUUGUACGGAUCCUUACAGAAUCAAGGUUUUAAGAAAAAUGAUUGAUGGAUGUGCUUUUCGAGUUUAUGGUCAUUGGGUGAAGAAAGGAGAAGGACAAAAUAGAGCAGCUCUCUUUGAAAAUGCGCCUAAAACUGAUAUGAAACAUCUCUACGUUAAUAAUUUGAGUAGAUAGCAAAAUUAAAAACGAAAGAAUGAUAAUGAGAUUAUAUUAAGUUUUG